AUGUUGCGCACUUCACCGACAACAUCAAACGCCAUCAAUCCCACCAUCAGCAACGCAGCAGCCUCAGGCCACGAUGUGCUUCGCCCUCAAGCCGGUACCAAGAGAAAGGCUGCGUCCCAGGAUAAUGAGCGUCUAACCAAACGUCUCAGUCUACUCAAUCUGGAAAGAAAUGGAUCCAAACUAUACGUCCCCGUAGAGAAUCCAUCCGCCGGGCAAGCUGCUCCUGUUCCAGCUACCCUUCCUACCGCAUCGCAACCAUCGAUAGCACAACAACAACAACUACAACUACAACAACGACAACGGCAACAGCUACCAACCUCAAACGACGACGACGACGACGACGACGAUGAGAUGCAUCUCGACAACUCAAAACAUAAAGUCUACAUCUACGAUCUAGACGACGAGCUGUCCUCAACCGAUGGCGACGACGACACCGCCACCUCCGACGACGGCCGCCUCAUCUUCCUCUCCGACAUAGACAAGCAUCUCAUGGCCAACCGUAUCCCGCCUCACAUCCUCGCCAACGACCGGGGAGAGCUGGCCGGCAUGCAGAUGGUCCUAUACAGCGAUCCAAAGUCCCUGUCCGUCUCGGAGGAGAAGGACGGCGUGAGGAAGGCCAUCAUCGAGUCGCGGAACCGUCUGCGCGAGAAGCAGAGGCUUGAGAGGCAUGGUGUCGUCGUCGCUGCUGAUGCCUCCAGCACCGCUACUGGUGCUACUGCUGAUCACGGCCCUCUAUGCGGAGGCGACGCCAUGCCACCAACUCCGACGCAACCACCCAACUCCGAUAUCGCUACGUCGAGCGGGAAGCGUAUGAUGGUGUACAGGGCCACCUCGAUGCAGAACAGGCAGGCCAGGAUCCCCCUGACGCAGGUGCCCUGGACCGGUCUCGGCUCCACGCGCAUCACGAUAUCCUGCACGUACGAGGCAACCGUCGACGCGGCCGCUCCAUACCCUACCGACAGGAACGUCGUGAAGCCCACCGCCAGCAGGAGAACCCCAGUGUUUCCCGGAGGGGGAGGGAAGAACGGCGUGAUCCACAGGAAGAGCAUCACCGCCGAGUUGACCCGGAGCCAGAAGAUGGGUGUCUUGACGCGGCUGCUGCAGAAGACGAUGAGAGAGCCCAGGACCAUGCCCAGGCUGGACCCGCAUGCCAAGAUGAGGAAGCAGCCUUCUCCAAGCCUGUAG